GUCCACCCUACUUCCCCUCUAUAGAUCCCUAAUUUUUUUUGUCUUACCUGGACAUUUCUAAGGGGUGGAGUCUUAGCUGAAACUCUUGGGGGGGGGGUAUAUAAAGGCCAGCUGUGGUUGAGCUCUAGUUUUGGGGUGUGGCCUUCUGGCUAUCAUGGCUCCGGCUUUUGGCAGAAACUUUAAUGAACUUGAACACAACAAACUCAUAAAACCAGGAAGCACAAAAUGGGAGAUAAAAGCGACGUGCUGACAGGGAAGCGGCGAGCAGUCGCUGAACUUCUCUGAGAGCAAAACUGACACGAGACCAGCCCGAAAACAAAAGACCAAAGAAACCAAACCAAAGGUCCGAAGAGGGCAUUUAAUGCUAAACAAAAGUCUGUUCUUGAAUAUUAUCUGGAUCUUACGUCCACUGUGAGCUUCAUAGUUGAUCAUAUUUUCGUUUUUAGUGGCAUGGCGGACAUAAUCCUUCAACUCUUCAGCUGAACUUUGGUUUGGAAAAGCACGGCAGUGUCGGCCUCAGGAGACGCCGCAUUCCUGCAGCAUGAGGUCAUCGCUCAUGACCUCCCACUUGUUUCCCGGGACAACGCUCACAUCCAAGAUGCUGAAGUGCUCUGGAGGCUCGGUCAUGCUGCGGUGAGCUGAGGCCCGGUGACUGUUCGGUCGGCUCGGCUGCUGUGUUCAGAAGACUCUCACCCCUUCGGGCUUGAUGGAGCUCAAAGUAUGGGUAGAUGGAGCGGUGCGGGUGGUGUGUGGCCUGUCUGAGGAAACGUCUUGUCAGGAUGUGGUCAUUGCUCUGGCUCAGGCCAUCGGUCAGACAGGCCGAUAUGUUCUCAUCCAGCGCCUGCGGGACACGGAACGGCAGCUGCUGGCCACAGAGAGGCCUCUGGAGUCUUUGGCCAAGUUAGGCCAACAUGGCGGUGAAGUGCAGUUCUUCCUGCGCCGUACAGGCCCCAGCAGCAGCGAUGGAUGUAGUUCAAAGAACGACAAAACAGCUCAAAACUCGCUGCCCAAACAUCCCGAGCCAGAGCCUUUAAAACGCAACCAGCCUAAGAAAGCGCUGACCUUUAACUUAGGACCAUCCACUUCACCAAAAAGCACGCCCAAACAGGUUAGCAGGUCUCCCCGGGACUCUCCAGAGCAAAGAAGCUCCCCUUCACCCCACCCUGAGUCCCCUCACGGGACAAAGCCCGGUCAUUCACCCUCCGUUAGACCUUCCAAAAACGAGGUCUUCAAGAAAGUUCUUCAGCAGCAGGAGAGACUGAGGGCCAUUGAGGCCCAGCUGGAAUCUGUUGAGAAGGAUUCGCACACCUGGAAGUGCUCCUAUCCAUCCCCGUGUCCCUCCCCAGUCUCUAAUGGACAAUUGACAGAAGAGAUCCAUUUUUUGGAGCAAGAAAUGCAAAAAAAACAGGACGAGCUUGCCUUUGAGAAAUACUGGGAGGAUGAACUUCAGUCAGAGGUGGAGAAAGAUCAGGAAAUGAGGCACAAACUGGGGCAGCUCCAAGCCCAACUGGACGACUGUGGGCGGCAGCUCCACGAACUGUCUGUCAGGUCUGCUCAGCUGGAGAAAGAGGUCCAGCAGGAGAGUCAGGCCAAAGACAAAAGCCACGGACCACAAGACACCGUCGAAGCUGUGAAGGCUAAACUACGAAGCCAAGAGAAACGUGUGAUAGAACUGGGAGAGCAGCUCUCUGAAACCGAGAAGGCUCUGGGGAAGGCGGAGUCUGUCCUGCAGGCAAAAAAUGAGGAGGUGGAGGAAUUAAACAAGGAGCUGAGACAGUGUAACCUGCAGCAGUUUAUCCAGCAGACCGGGGUGCUACCAUCUCAGGCUCGCUCAGACCUGCAGGAGCAACUGGAACUAACACACCUUCUGCAGGACAGCCUCCAAGAUGGUCAGAGUGUAACUCCAGGGGAGAGUCCACCUCGCCCCACCGCUAAACAGUUUCUGGGACACCCGAGAAACCUGCAAAACCCUCUAGUGUCCAGUCUCAACCCUGAGGUCCUGACAUCCCGGGAAUCGUCGUGGAGAUAAACAUGGAACAGCAGGUCCAAAGGAAAAAAAGCUCAGUUAAUGACAGCAACGCUUUGUAACCCUCCGCUUUGUAGCACGACUCUGUACGUCUUUGUACAUACAAUUAAUAUAUAGAUCUGCUAUUGUAUGAAAUGUAAAAUAAUUCAGAACCUCUAAUCUGUAGUCUGUAUGUAUUGUAAAAUAAUAAAAGUGUAUCAUAUUUA